AUGGAAAAAAAAACUUCAAAUAUUGGGUCGAUACCUUCGUCUGGUGAGCAGAUUCUAGCAAAAUCUACUAAAGGGGCAACUUUCCUAAUGAUGACUCAAAUUUUCACUAAAAUGAUCACAUUCAUUCUGAAUAGUUUACUAGUCAGGUUUUUAUCUCCCAGAAUAUUUGGGAUUACUGCAUUUUUGGAAUUCAUCUUAGGUACAGUUUUAUUCUUUAGUAGAGAAGCAAUUAGGUUAUCAACUCUUAGGAUUAAAGAGAAUCAAGAAUCUGUCAGUGAAACAAACACAUAUUCAACUGGAACUAAGCAUCAUAGUCAUAGCAAUAAUAGCAAAGAUGUUCUUACAAGCUCCAAUAGAUUAUCUAAAUCUCCUGUAUUACAGACAGUAGUGAAUUUUGCACACAUUCCAUUAUGGAUAGGCAUUCCAUUAUCAAUAGGGCUAAUUUCAUGGCAAUAUAGAAAUGUUAACUCAUAUUUUGUUGGAUUACCAUUUUUUACAUGGUCUAUUUUUCUAAUUUGGGCAAGCAUAAUAAUUGAAUUGUUGAGUGAGCCUUUCUUUAUUGUGAAUCAAUUCUUCUUAAAUUAUGGCACAAGGUCUUGUUUUGAAAGUAUAUCAGUAACAACUGGCUGCUUAACUAAUUUUAUUGUUAUUUAUGCUUUUGAAAAAAACUUACUCUUUGCUAUCCCCAAAGAAGACUUGGAAAUAAAUAAAGAAGGGAUUGCAAUUUUGGCAUUCGCUAUUGGGAAGUUUGCUCAUUCAAUUACUUUACUAUUGUGUUAUUACUAUGAUUAUUUUAAGAACUUCAGAGCUAAAAGGCUAUUCCAUAUGAGAUUAGUCAAGAUUCAUUCAUCUUCAGAUUCUACUUCUAAAGUAUCUUAUUAUUUUCAGGCUGAUAUUUUGGAACAUUUUAGGAAAGUUUAUUUCCAGAUGUGCUUUAAACAUUUAUUAACAGAAGGUGAUAAACUAGUGAUUAAUUCAUUAUGUACUGUAGAAGAACAGGGUAUUUAUUCAUUAUUAUCAAAUUAUGGAUCUUUAGUGACAAGAUUGUUAUUUGCCCCAAUUGAAGAAUCUUUGAGAUUAUUUUUGGCUCGAUUAUUAUCCGUUAAACGUAAUAACAAAAAUUUGAUUUUGUCCAUGGAAGUGCUUGUAAAUUUAACAAAAUUUUAUUUAUAUUUGUCAUUAAUUAUAGUUAUAUUCGGUCCUAUUAAUUCUUCCUUUUUAUUACAGUUUUUAAUUGGAACAAAAUGGUCAACAACUACACUACUUGAUACAAUCAGAAUAUAUUGUUUUUAUAUACCCUUUUUAGCAAUAAAUGGUAUUUUUGAAGCCUUUUUCCAAAGUGUUGCUUCAGGUGAUCAAAUAUUGAAACAAUCAUAUUUAAUGAUGGUCUUUUCUGGUAUAUUUUUGCUAAAUUGUUAUAUUUUUAUUCAAUAUUUGGAUUUAUCACUUGAUGGUUUAAUUUUAAGUAAUAUUAUUAAUAUGAUUUUACGAAUUACUUAUUGUGGUUGGUUUAUUAGUAAAUUUUACAAAGAAUUACAUACUGACAGGGGCUCAUUUGUUAUUAAUUUCAAAAAUUUUGGAAGUGUAUCGAUGAUUGGUUUAAUUAUGUGCUUAUUUGAUUAUUGGUUUAUUGGAUACGUUAAGAAUUUCCAACAAUUAUUUAUUAAUAUAUUUUUGGCCUUGUCAUUAUUAAUAAUAAUGAUAUAUCAGGAGAGACUGUUGAUUAAGAGAUAUAUUAAUAGGGGGAAAGCUAAUGAGUUUAAGGAUGUCUAA